CAGACGGCUUUUGUGGUGCCGCCACAUGUAAUAGAAGCCCAGGAAGCCCGAAGCCAUCCCGGCCGCGGCCCCCGUCAGCAGGCUCAUGGCCUUGAAUCUCUCCUGACUGAACAUUAGGACAAAAGUUAAAAGGAGAGGAGAGCUUCUGGGUCACGCCAUGACAGGAGCAGCUCCCAAACGUAGCCGGCGGGAGCCGAGUGACCACUCUCCAUGUGACGCCCUGCUCCGUUGCUAAGGACGCGCGAGCGGGAGACAGCGGGUGGGAGGGGUUAAUCUCGCGAGAUUGGACUCAAGGAUAUCUCGCGAUAUCGGGACCAUAUUGGUGCUGUCCUGUCGCCAUGGCAACGCCCGGAAGGCUCGGAGGCGACGAGAGACUUGCCGUGAGCUCUCUCUCACACCCUGUUUUUAUGUCCUCUUCACCACUUGGACAAGCUGAGAUUGGAAACUGACUGAAUCCUGGUGAUAUUUGACUCCCUCUUUAUUCAAUGGCGUGGUUUACUUGUAGGUGAAUGCGGAGUGUUUAAUUUUGCGAGCAUCUGUACCAUUUAUUUUCGGAAUAAUACCAUUUUUAUGGAUAGUCAGUACUGGUAAAGAAAGAGGCCUGCUUGCCAAAGUUCAACCCUUGCACUCAUCAGGACAGAUGCAAGAAUACCACAUUUCAAAGGGAGCAACCAUUUGUUCUGCAUGAGUUAGCAAGUUGAAUCUGAUUGGUGGACAAUGCAAUGGAGCAUUUUUCUUCUCCGACACAACAAAGAUGAUCAUGAUGACAUUGUGAGAUUCAAAUUCAUCUACUUAUGCAGUUUGAGGGGCUCUUGUGAACCCUCACUUGCUCCAGAUGUGUUAUAACAUCCAACCAAGUUGAUUAAAAUAACAAUUCAGUUCGAUGUAUGAUCUUUGAAAUGGAGGGGAAAUUUGAGUGAUCGACUGGAUAACCCUGCCUCUCAAACUCUUAAUUUCAAUUGAAGACCAGUCACUGUUCAAACAGCUCCGGCAGAGGACACAACAAAGCAAGCAGUAUCACCGGUCAUGCAAUUUCUAGAAAGCCUUGUUUAAAAAUUAUCUCCAAUAUCCACAGAGACCUUCCAAUUAAUACUUUUGAAGAGACCACUCCAGAUCUUCAGCAGUGAGCUGCCUGCUAGGAAUUUAGUGAGCUCCAGAACACGCCUGGAGCUGGAACACACACAGACAUCUUGCGGUCGGCUGGUCGCUCCAGCAAUUUUUUCUUCCAACUGCAGUCAAACCAGAUAGAAACAAAACUAUUUCGGAACUGAAUGCAGACAUUGGAACAACUUCAGGCUUCGAUGUGUAAGGAGGUGACAGAUGCUGUAUAGUCCUGCCUCUUGCCUUUGCAACUGUGGAAUCUGAGGUAUAACCAAGAUCAGUGACGCUGCUGUCAAUGUGACAAUUAUCUUGAACUGUGUUGCCAAUAUUUGAAUGAAACGGGAGCUGUUUGAGAUGCUUUGCUGAAGAGAAAUCAAGAACUGUUUUCUAGCAUUUGGGCUUUUCUAUCACUUGAGGACUCGUUUAGCUUGAGAAACCCGGUGCAACAUGCCUGCCAAAACCCCAAUGUAUCUAAAGACUUCGACCCCAAAACGGGGCAAGAAGAUGAGAUUGCGUGAUGUUCUGUCUAGUGACAUGAUCAGUCCACCCUUGGGCGAUUUCCGUCACAGUGCCCACAUUGGGAAGGAUGGUGAAAGUGACAUGUUUGGGGACAUCUCCUUCUUACAGGGCAAGUAUGAUGUCCUUCCAAACCUCAACCAGAAGCCAACUUCUCAAAGUACAGGACAAGGACUGGAUGAAGAAUAUAACUAUGAGCGAGGUUUUAACAAUGGAGCAGGUGACUAUCCUACCCUACUGAAGAAUGCUGUCUCUCUUCCGGCAUUCGGUGGCACUCACAAAAGCCAGGACCAGGAACAAGCUCCUCCAAAGCCUCCCAGACUCCACCUGGAGGAAGGCACAGGUCAACGGGCACUGUCAGUCAGCUGUACAACAGAAUGUUUCCACAGUGCUGAAGAAGUGUUUGCCAUCCCAACCUUCAACAAAACAGGGUCUUCAGUUUCUUUAUUGGCGGAGUCAAACACUUCCUCGGAAUGCUCAGUCAUUGGCAAUGAGCAGCUGGAUGGAAAGAGAGCCUUAAUCUUCAACAGCGAGAUGUCCCUCAAUAAUGAGACCCUUUUCCCUUCUAACACAUAUCUGAGUGGAUCUGAAUCUUCCCUUGGCUUGAAUCUCGAUUUAGGGCCAUCUAUACUGGAUGAUGUCCUCAGAAUUAUGGAUGGAUACAAGAUCUAGUACAAUAAAGAAAGCUAAUAAACCAAUGGUGGAAGGCUGCUGAAAGAAUGACAAAGAGAUUAGGGAAUGUCCAAACAUGAUUAUAUCAUGUUGGCUGCUGACAGUUCAGGGGAAUGCUUACUCUCAGACUGAGAGAAAAUAUUAGAAACUGCUCCCCUCGUCAAAUCACGGAUAUACUGCUUGCUAAACUGGAACUGUUAAAAGGAAUGUCACGUUAACUUAAUUUGACAUGGAGUAUAACUAUAACUUUAUCUUCUUUAACUUCAACAAACUUCCUUCAAUCCUGGGUGAUAUCAGAAUUAUAUACAACACUGCAAGGUAGAAAUGUUAAACUAUUGUUUGAAAACCCUGUUAAAUUCUUGAACUUGUGACUGUAAAAAUGUUUUCAUUCUUUGUAGGAUUACAUAAUAGUUUAGAAUUCAGAAAGAUACACAAUAUGUAACAAUUGAAACAACAAUGCCAAUUGGCGAACUAGAUAAAUUAGUUGAGGUUUUACGACAAUCUGAUGGCUACAUGGUCCCCAUUAUUGAUGCCAACCGUUUACCCCAGGGCUACAAAGCUGUAUAAUGUAAGCAGAAAUUUACUCCCUUCUGUGCAACCUCCUCCAGCCAUUAUAAACCUCCCAACACUCUGGAACCUCUUCUAGCCUCACUAAAACUCCCAAAUCUCAGUAACACCCUUCAAUCCCAAUACCGCUCCUAAAUCUGUGACCUGUUCAGACUUCUAUAACUUUUCCAAAUCCCUGUAACCAUCUCUAGUCCCAACAACCUUUUCAAAGCAUCUUCAAUCCUGGCCUACCAUUGCAUCUCCAAUUUCUUUUCCUGCACCAUUAGCUGUCUUUAUUUCAGCUGCCUGAGGGGGGCCAUAGCCUUUCUCUUUAACCUUUUCCAUUUCUCUACUUUUUAGUUUAGAAAUUUCCUGGUCACCCACUCAAAACUCAAACUGUCCGGUGCAAAACUGAACAGACUGUCCCUUGAGUCCAAACCAUCUAAAAACUGUUUGCUUAGGUAUCAGAUUGUCCAUUAGUUGAUUGUCAGGGAGGUGUUAGUUUCUCUUUUUCCUUCAUUUCAUAUGCCAUAUCUUCCCUUGUAAACAGCCAUCUCCCUGGCCUCUGUAGUUACUAUUAAUGUACUUUCACAGUGAGUUAGAUGAGACCAAUUAAACGGAGAGCUUGGUUGCUGCAAUGUUUCUGUCAUCUUGCCUCCUGUGAGGGUGUCUAUGUAAAGGUAAACACACUCUUACUGGCAAUCAGGCCAGGCUGAUCCAGUCUGUAUCGCAAAGUUUUUCACAGAUUUGGGAAUGUGGAGCACUGGAAUGUCUCUGGUUAUUAAAUGGGAGAAUGUUGUGUGCCUAAUGCUGUUGAUCUUUCCUUUUAAAUAGAUCCAUUAAUCAGCGUAUGUCCUUGAGUAGGAUAUAUCACAAAACUGCCAUCACUAUGCAAGGAAUGUAUUGUACAAACAUGCUUUUAGCUUUCUGUCGAAUGGAAUUUUAUCUUUUUUGUUUGCAUUUCUAAUGUUAAAAUAUUCAAUUGGUUAUUCCUAUUAAAGCAAUUCUCAUUUGUC